AUGUCCGGAAUCAAUACACCUCAACUGAAAAAGCUCUGGAACGACGCCCAAGCCCGACCAGAGUGGGCUGCAACAAGGUUUUGGGAGUAUGUCUUCGUGCAAAUCGUUUUCAAAGACCCAAUGUGGUCUGUUGCGUCGCAGCAGCCGCCAACUCGACAAGAUGGAGAUCGUCGCAGGGUUGACCUUAUGGCGGAAGACAUCAUGAACAACUUCACUCUGCUUUUCGUCACAGAACGAAAGACUGGGAUUUGGGCAAUGACCUGUGUUGGUACCCAAGUGAGGCUCUGGGCUUAUCAACGCAAGGAUGACUACCUCACGCCAUUUUGGCCUCUUGGGGACCAACUUGCCGCCAAAAAUGAUUACGUCGACUUUUCCACUCAUGGUCAAGAACUUCUCGAGAAACUUGUCUAUAUCCAGAGGCAUCCCUUUCCAGCGGGACACAUCUUCGAACAAUCACCCCGGCGUAGACCGACUGAAGUGACGCUUCCUUCUGAUUGGCACGAUCAAGAGGCUAAACUCAUCUUGUUGGAGAAUGGUGCGCUAAACAUUCAUCCACCUGUGGUUCCUAGCCAGGGCACUAUCAUCAGGGCAGAAGCUUGUCUGGAAGUCGGCGUUGAGAUUGUUUGGGAAGGCCAGUACAUGUGCAUUCAACCGCGUGAUGGGAAGGGUUUGCCUAUGUAUGUGUUCAAAAGUGGAUGGGUCAAAUGUUGGAUCAAAGUCGGCAAUAAUAUGGAUGAAGGCUACAUGUACAGUGAUGCUGAGGCGGGCAGAACGUAUUACACGUGGUCCCUGAAGCCGGAUACUGAGAAAAGAGAAGGAUAA